AUGGACUAUAAUAGGAUGAACUCCUUCUUAGAGUACCCACUCUGUAACCGGGGACCCAGCGCCUACAGCGCCCACAGCGCCCACAGCGCCCCUACCUCCUUCCCCCCCAGCUCGGCUCCGGCUGGUGACAGCUACGCAGGCGAGACCCGCUAUGGUGGGGGACUCCCCAGCCCCGCGCUCCAGCAGAACUCAAGCUAUCCCACCCCGCAGCCGCCUUCGGCGCUCGGGGUGCCCUUCCCCAGCUCUGCGACCUCGGGGUACGCCCCGGCGGCCUGCAGCCCCAGCUAUGGGCCCUCUCAGUACUAUCCUCUGGGCCAACCCGAAGGAGAUGGAAGCUAUUAUCAUCCUUCGAGCUAUGGGGCCCAGCUAGGGGGCCUGUCCGACGGCUAUGGAACCGGUGGAGCGGGCCCGGGGCCAUACCCUCCCCCGCAGCCCCCUUUCGGGAACGAGCAGACGGCGAGCUUUGCAUCGGCCUAUGCUGAGCUCCUCUCGGAGGACAAGGAAUCGCCCUGCCCGUCAGAACCCAGCACCCCCACGGCCAGGACCUUCGACUGGAUGAAGGUUAAGAGGAACCCCCCCAAGACAGCCAAGGUGUCGGAGCUGGGCCUGGGCGCGCCCGGCGGCCUCCGCACCAACUUCACCACGCGGCAGCUGACCGAGCUGGAGAAGGAGUUCCACUUCAACAAGUACCUGAGCCGCGCCCGGAGGGUGGAGAUCGCCGCCACCCUGGAGCUCAACGAGACGCAGGUCAAGAUUUGGUUCCAGAACCGGCGCAUGAAGCAGAAGAAACGCGAGCGGGAGGGAGGCCGGAUGCCCCCAGCCCCUCCGGGCUGUCCCAGGGAGGCGACUGGAGACGCAUCAGACCAGUCUACGUGCACCUCCCCGGAGGCCUCGCCCAGCUCCAUCACCUCCUGA